CAGAAUGGGAGAAAAACCAUAGGCAGCCAGCUACUCUGGGCUAGACUGCAGUCGUUUCUGUGUGCAGUAACAAGGCUUCACAUGCUUCAAAUGAAAGGCAUACAGAAAAGAUGGCAAGAGAUUGCAUCUGUGACACAUUCUUCCCUCUUUCACAUGAAUGUGCAGUAGCAAUGAAGUUCCUUAUUUCUAGCUCAAUAAUAGACUGCAGUAAUUGUUCUAAUUAAAGCCAGCAGAUACUGUUUUACUCUCAGACAAAAUCCCUAGCAGCUGCUAACAAAGUUUAGCAAGUUACACCACAGAAGAAUUAUGUGGGUUGCUCCAAAAGUAACGCCUCCUAUUUAUUUCCAUGCAAACAACAGAUACGAAGAGCAGAAGAACACUAUGCAGGGUGGAAGCGUUAGCGCAGCACCUUCAGCGGCCUCGCUGGACUCCCCCACCCAUGCUGGGCCAAGACAUGGGGGCCUGUGAGGUGGGCAGGUGCCCAUAGCCCUCUGUGACACAGCAUGGCAUCACAGUGGGGCUCAGCUCUGAGUCCCUCUCCCCAGCAUCCCCGGGCCACAUUUCCCAGCAAAGCCUGGGAGGUGCCAGGGCUGUUCUUGCCAGUGCUACUCUGCUCCACUGGAGCUGCUCUGCCAGCAGGAGAAGGCCAGAGGGGAACCUGUGAGAGAGUGUGAGACAUUGCUUGCCAAGAGGCAAGGAGCAGGAGCAAGGGAGUGAGCACCACUUCCCCAACUGCUGCACAGCAUGGAGAAUGAGGUGUUCAGAUACCUGCUCUUCAAACCCUUGGAUCCCAAGCAGCUUUCCUUACUGAAGGAACUCACCACCUUGGAAAUCUGCAAAGUGUGGGAAGCCACAUCCAAGUACAUCUGGAGACAGCUGCUGGAGAAGAGGGCGGUGGAUAUUGGAAUUGGGAGCUUUGCAGUUGUGUCAGCUCAUGCUGCCGCCAGAGAGGAUGGGGUUCUGGUUGUGGAUAAACCCAUUUUCCAGCUGAACCAACACGUCCAGCGAUUUUACAAGAUGAAGGAGCCUAAAACCAAAAUUCCUUCUGAGAUAUUCGAGUAUCCACUGAACUUUCGGGAGAUUGCUGAAACCAUCUGCUUCCGCGUGCCAAUCAUAGAGCACUGCAUCCAUGAGACCUUGCUCUUCUUUGCUGAGGCCAUCCGAGGAAAGAAGGAACUUGACUUUUUCUUCAAAAGACUUGGCAUUCUUUCUCUGAGAGGGCAGGAGGUCAUCAUGAACUUCUUUGAUGACUGCGUACUGCAGCUGGAUGCCACGGGCAACAUGCUGCCCGCUCUUCUUGGGGACUCCGAGAUGAUGAAUAUGAUUGCAUUCAGAGGCAAAAACAAGUUUACUCGACGCAGUGAGGAUGGCUGCAUCGUACUGCCAAGAAUUGGAGUUGAGGGCUCAAAGACCAGCCAAGAAAUCACUUCCAUCAAGCCCCGAAGAGAGUCCCAGCCAUGGGGCGGGGGUGCCCGAAGAGUGAGCGUGUAUGAUCCAGUGUUGCUGGCUCGGCGCAGGGCAUCUCAAGCUGUGAGGGCAGAAAAAAUACGCAAGGUGCAGGAGAAGAAAAAGCAAGGAGUUAGAUUCAGGUUCCUGCCACAACUUGAGCAGGCACAUGCUGAAGACCUGAAACAACCAAAAACUCCAGAUCAUCCAGAGCUGUCCACCAGUGCCAAGCAGCCCUCCAGAAUGGCAGCACACUUGAUGCGUGCUCAGAUUGUAGAGAAACGGCUCCAAGUGCUGAUGGCCUCCAAGCGCAAGGAGGUCGAGGCUGAAAUCCAGAGCGAGUACCAGCAGUGCACAUGGAGGCAGAGCUUGGAGAGAAGCCAGAACCCUUUCCACCGCCUGCUGGAGGGUGACCCUCGUCCUUCCUACGUUGUGAGAAGGGAGUAUGACCAGCAGCUGGGAGAGAGGCUGAAGGGGAAGGAUGGGUGCCAAAGCCCUGCAGGGCAGACAGCACCGGACGGGUGGCAGAACAAGCCACAGCUCCCAGGGAUAUCACAGGAACAGAAAGGAGAGAAGACAAGGCUCUUGGACCGCUGUGGGAAGGCCCAGGGCCUGCCAGACCUGUUAGGAACCUGCCAGGCAGCUUCCAGCUGCAGCAGCCGUAGCCAUCCCAGCCUACACCAAAACGCUGUUUCAGGCGCCAGUGACUGCACCCAGGCACACUCAGACAGAACCUCCCACUGCUGCACGCUGCCACCUUUAUAGGGGGAGAGCUAUCAGCAGUGGGGGCAUGAGGCAUCUUUACAAAAGUAACUUAACAUCUUCAAACAAAUAAAGAGAAAUUAACAACUUC